AUUUUGUUUUCAGUUUUCUGUGACAUUACAUUGCUGAGCUGCUACAUUUAAUAAUAAGUAAGAAGCCACAAAGAAAAAUAAUGAGAAAAAGAAGAUUGUGUUGUGAUAGGCUACUUUUUAUGAUGGUCUUGUUCAGUGUGCUUGGAUGUUAUCCACAAUUUGGAUACUGUUGCGAAUUUGACGAUAUCAUAUCAAAUGACGUUGUAAAAACUUUUGUUAAUUAUAGUUCAAAACAUAAGAGAGAUAUGAAUAAAGCUGACAUAUCAAGUGAUUUUAAGCCAAUUCGAAUUCAUGUUUAUUAUGGUAUAAUGGACCAUGGUAUGGUUGCUGAACAAACAACAAGACUCUUUUCCAUUGUAGAAAAAGCUAGGAAUAAAAUGUCACAAUUACUUUCAGAUUUUGUUUUCAGUUUUCUGUGACAUUACAUUGCUGAGCUGCUACAUUUAAUAAUAAGUAAGAAGCCACAAAGAAAAAUAAUGAGAAAAAGAAGAUUGUGUUGUGAUAGGCUACUUUUUAUGAUGGUCUUGUUCAGUGUGCUUGGAUGUUAUCCACAAUUUGGAUACUGUUGCGAAUUUGACGAUAUCAUAUCAAAUGACGUUGUAAAAACUUUUGUUAAUUAUAGUUCAAAACAUAAGAGAGAUAUGAAUAAAGCUGACAUAUCAAGUGAUUUUAAGCCAAUUCGAAUUCAUGUUUAUUAUGGUAUAAUGGACCAUGGUAUGGUUGCUGAACAAACAACAAGACUCUUUUCCAUUGUAGAAAAAGCUAGGAAUAAAAUGUCACAAUUACUUUCAGUUAAACAAGUGACUGGACCAUUGUUAUUGCCUCGUGAAAAAGCUUGUGAUAAAUUAUGGGGACCUCACAGUAGAAAUCAAAACAAAUGCUCAAGCCUUCGUCAAGGGUAUGUUGGAGAAUUUUGUGAAAAUAAGAUAGAUUAUUUCCAAAUACCUGAUGAUCAUUUAGAUGGACUCAAUGUAUAUAAUUUCACAAGUCCACAUCCUCUUCCAUUAUCGUUACCUGCUGGAAAUGGUGUCCAAAAUGCUGAUUAUAUACUUUAUGUUAAUGCUCAAAAUACACAUUUAUGCCAAACUCAGGAUAUUAUUGCAUAUGCUUCUUAUUGUGUGUUAGACCAGAAUGACAGACCUAUAGCUGGUUUCAUUAAUUUUUGUCCUUUUCAUUUGAAAGAGAAACAUGAAGAAGAAAGAAUAGUGAUGGUAGCCAUUCAUGAAUUAUUUCAUGCUCUUGGAUUUUCUCAAGAUAUGUUUAAAAAAUUUAAAGACUGUUCAUCAAUUGGAAUCCCUUGUUCAGAAUGGAAAAGGCCUGUCAUAACUGAUAAACAUAAUGUUAACAGACUUUCAUUACCAACUGUUAUAAAAAAAAUGCAAGAACAUUUUGGUUGUGAUGAUAUUAAUUUUGGUGCUCCUUUAGGAACAAAGAAAAAUGGUGAAGUUGAUUCUCAUUGGAAUUCUGUGAUGCUUCAUGGUAGCAUUAUGUCUCCUGAUCUUACAUUUGCAGAUUAUAUUUCUGUAGAUCCUAUCAGUGCUGCUGUAUUUGCUGACAGUGGAUGGUAUCAAGUUAAUUUUUCCAAUACAGAUGGUUAUUUUUGGGGAAAAGGUGAAGGUUGUAAUUUUGCAGUUAAAGAAACUUGCAGUGCUCUUGAUGAUAAUUACUUCUGUAGUAUGACUGAUUAUAGAAGGAUGAAGGGAUGUGAUUAUUUACAUUUAACAGAAAGUUAUUGCCAUAAAAUUAGUCAAUGGAAGAAAUGUGGCAUUUACAAGCCUAAUUCUACUAGUUAUUGUAAAACAGCUCUAUAUACAAAUGAAACAAUAUCAGCAUGCAUUUUAUUAAUAAAUGAGAAUAAAUCAAACAGCUUCUGUGGAAUGUAUAAAUGUUUAGAAAAUGGUAGUUUGAAGAUGUUUAUAGAUGACUUUUGGAUGGACUGUCCACAAAAAACUAAACUUACUAUUGAGUAUUAUGGAGAAAAAUAUAAUUUGAUAUGUCCAAAUUGGAGUAUUAUUUGUUCAACAAAAUUUAGAAAGAAUUUUAUUGAAAAUGAAGUAUCAGGAAAGUUGGAUGAAAUAGAAAUAGAAAUAUAUUUUAGUUUAACAAUAAUGGAUGAAGUAUUAAAAAUGGGAACAAUAGAAGAAUUGCAUAUAGCUUCUUUAAAACAUUUACAAUUAGGAAGUAAAGUUGAUAUUAUUCCUCAAUAUUCAAAAAUUGUAAGAAUAGAAGAUUAUUAUAUAAUGAAAGUAAAUGUAAUAUCAACUAAUGAUACACUAAUAAAGUCACUUAAAGAAUUUGUUAUGAAUGGGAAAUUUUCUUUUAUAUUUAAAUCCAAACUAGAAGUUUCAGCUCUUGGCAUGAGAAUCAACGAAUCAGUAAAAGAAGGCAAUGAAGCUAUUGAGGAUUAUUUAUUAUUUAUUAUAUUAGCUUUAAUUGUUAUAACAAUAAUGAUUAUUGUAGCAAUAGUAUUAGGUUAUUAUCGUUACAAAAAGUGGAAACCACCUAAUAACUAAAGAAAAUAAUUUCAAAUUAUAUAUAUAAUGUACAUACAUAAAUAUAUAUAUAUAUUUGCUCAUUUUAAAAAUGCAUAACUGUGAGAUUUUAUGAAUGUUAAAGAAUCUCUCGGUUGAACAACUGUACAAUAUAAUAAUUUUAUAAACUAUUAGAUUUAGAAAAUUAAUAUUUCCAACUGUACAAAUAUUUUCUAAUUUUGGAUGUUUAACUUCUAAAAUUUUUUACCAAACAGUGACAUAGCUACCAUCUCAGAAUUUUUUUUUGUCUAAAUUGCAAGAAUGAUUUGUUAUAAUACUCAUUAUUCACAUCUAAAAAUAUUUAAUAAUAAAUGAUUAAUUAUUAUUAUUAUUAUUAUUCAUAUUAACUUUUAACUAAUUGCAUAGAUAGUUGCUAUGUCCUGUUCUUGGGAUUAUAAAAGUAAACAUAUCAAAAUAUGGUUGUUGCAUAAUUAUAUUUUAUAGAUUUUUUGUGUAAAUGAUCUGUUUUUGAAUUUUUAAAUAAUUAAGUACAAAAAGUAUUAUUGUAGAUCAGUUAGAGUAGUAGCCAAAUUUUUUCGAAACUUUUUCAAAUGUUUAUUUUUAUUAUAUUAUUGAUUGUUUUAUUGCAGAUAUUUGUUAAAAAUGUGCAUCUGAAAUUUUGAAAUAAUUUUAAAUAUUUUAUUUUUGUAAUUUAUAAUUAUUCCUAAGUCAGAUAACUUGGCAAUAAAAGUGGAAUGUAUAUUAUAAGAACAAAAAAUUUACUAAGUAAAAUAUUUUGAUCCUAAUUAAACUUUAUAAAAGUUAACAAAAAAUUCAAAAUUUGAUAAAUAUAUUAUUUCAUGAGCUUGUAAUUUUAUUGAGUAUUUAAGGAUGCCUUAAUUAUAUUUAAAUAUUGUAAUUUAAAUCUUUUCUUAAAUGAAACAGAAUCUUUUUAUCGUUAACAUAUAUCUAUAACAAAACAACAUUCUUUGAAUUUGCUUAGCACAGCAUCCAGAAUAAAUCUAGACAAGGCAGAAGCAUUAGUCAUUCCCUCAUCAUACACUAGUAUCUUUUGAUGGCACUGCAGGUAUAUGUCA